AUGGAUGCGAGAAACAAGAGGUGCCCGACCCCAACGCCUUCGCGUUUUCCACCCUCCGGGAACGAGAACCUGCCCCCGACUACCGCAACCUCGACGGCUCACUCACGCGCCAAGUCCAUGAGCAGUGCCCCUACCAUGACUGGCGGACUGAAAGUAAACGCGAAGCGCACCGCCUUUGCUGACUUGAGCAAUACGGUGGCAGCUCAGCUUCUCGUUAAUCAGAAGGGGCCUAAGAACACGGUCAAGAUGGAAGGCCUGCUCGCCGAAGCCUCCAUUGUUAGCGGAACCGACGCGUUCCGUCAGCCCGCGCAGCGUCCGUCGAGGCCUCCUGUCGGUGCUAGUAUCCAACCAAAGGUCGUGAACCCUGUUCCGCCUUUGGCGCGAUCCGAACUAGUCUUAUCUGGUGCUCAUGGUGCUGCCACAAGGAAGUCAGCAGUCUCUAUCUACAGCGAUAGCCAAAAUAUAGGAAGGGAGCGGGUCACGGCUCAUCUCGACCCGUCCACUAGGCGUGAGCCCAGCCUUCGGCAGUACAAGAGUCAGCCUCAACUGAAACCGGAAGCGCCUGCACUUCCAGUCUUGGCAGAUUUGACGGAGGCACUUUACGAGGAUGCAGUUGAGCAUGUGGCCGAGAUGGCACCUGUCGUCUCACAUGCUGCCGAGAUAGCAGAUGGUGUAUUGCUCUCUAUCUCAACUGGUAUCGAGGUUGUGACAGCCCCGGCAGACGACAUGCAAGCCGAAUUCGUCGACGAUAAAAUCGCGUCCACUACGUCUUUGUCGGAGCCUGAGGAGUAUUGGGACGAAGAGGAAGAAGAUGAAGUCUACGACGACCAAGGGGGAGUAACGACACUUCCCCAGCCUAAGAUGACCAACAAGGUCCUUCGGGAGCUCGAGGCUGCCAAGGCAUAUGUGGAAAGCACGCGUCCUCAGUAUGAUAUUGAGGAAGACAUGUGGGAUAUCAGCAUGGUCGCUGAGUAUAGCGAAGAGAUUUUUGAGUAUAUGCGAGAGCUUGAGGUACAACUCCUUCCCAACGCGCACUACAUGGACAUCCAGACCGAAAUUCAAUGGUCUAUGAGAUCGGUCUUGAUGGACUGGCUUGUUCAAGUCCAUCAACGAUUUGGUCUUCUACCCGAGACGCUAUUUCUUGCUGUCAACUAUGUUGAUCGAUUUCUCUCAAGCAAGGUCGUUUCUCUCGGUAAACUACAGCUUGUCGGUGCUACGGCAAUCUUAGUAGCGGCCAAAUACGAGGAGAUCAACUGCCCUUCCCUACAAGAGAUUGUCUACAUGGUUGACUCUGGUUACACGGUCCAGGAGGUUGCCAAGGCCGAGCGAUUUAUGCUUUCCAUGCUUCAAUAUCAACUUGGAUGUCCCGGGCCAAUGAGCUUUCUACGACGCAUCAGCAAGGCUGAUGACUACGACCUUGAGACAAGGACGCUAGCGAAAUAUUUCCUUGAAGUGACAAUCAUGGAUGAGCGGUUCGUGGGUAGCACGAGCAGCUUUCUCGCUGCGGGUGCUCACUGCCUGGCUAGAAUGAUGCUUCGGAAGGGUGACUGGUCACCCGCUCAUGUCCACUACUCGGGUUAUACCUGGAAUCAGCUGAAGCCGCUCCUUAAUAUGUUGCUUGACUGUUGCCAAGUGCCUGACCAGCACCACUCCGCAAUCUUCGAAAAGUACAAUGAUAAGAGAUUCAAGUACUGUUCGGAUUACGUGCAGGAUGAGAUCAAAACCGGCUUUGAGCUUCCAGGUCACCAGCCCACCAUCUUUACUAUGAUACAACAGGCCGGUUUUUCUUGUGACGGGGCUAGUCCAGCUGCUGCCGAGCAUCAGUACCAGUACCCCUUCCCCCAGGCGAGCGAGGCUUAA